AUGUUGUCUCCACAUCAGAAAACAAACGGCGCACAGAAUACAGAGGCGAAAACUGUGAUUUUACUUGUAAAGAACGCGUCAAAUUUUUCGAAAGUAGAUCACUAUAAAUGGCUUCUUAUUCGCUUAUAUCAACCUCUACUUCUAGAAAGUGACGAUAACUUUCAAGUGCUUCAUAUAUCGGAUACGCGUUUAACGGCUUUAAUACAAAGUCAAAAUGAGAAGGAAGCAAGCGAGAUAUAUACGCCGCAAAAUUUACCGGAUCUUCAGCAUUCAACGGAUAAACAAUACAGACUCAUGCCCCAUUCUCGUAUAAUCACUUUAAGUACAAAAUAUCGAUUCGUAUUCCUUUUGGAUGUAACCUCCUCUUUAGCUACCAUCGAUUGUAGCGGUGCUAAAAAUACAAUAAUGUCUAAAGUGAUGCAAAUUACUCAUCGUUGUCUUGAAGGCCUAGUACAGCCUUUCAUAAUUCAGGAUUUGGAUAAGGAUCGAGCCUUACAGUUUGAACCCGAAAUAUCAGUUACCAUUAUUGCUGAAUGUUCCAAUUUUGCAUCAAACGCAAAUCUUAUUCCUAUGUUGGCUGAAUUUCCUACGAUGAGGGUUCUUAUACAAGGAGUUGUAGUUAAUCGAAAUAAUAUCUUCGAUAUACUUGAUAAUUUACACUCGGAGUUUAUUCGCUUUCAACAUGAAGUUGCCGAGUUUCGACAAAAACUUCGUAGGAACAAAUUUCCUGUUGCCUACGUUAUGGAUGUUACUGGUCCCAAAACCGAUUUGCUUGAGCAUGAACUAGGUUCUAAUACGUCAUAUCUAGAUGAGAAAAAUUUAUGGCGGUUGGGGUCGAGUGGGGGUAAUCUUGCUUACAGUCUAAAUGCUGGUUUAUUAGCUAUAAAUUUAUUGCCAAAAGAAGGAUCCCCCGCGCUGAUGGUGAUUACGGAUGGUGUUGUUAAAUCAAAUCUAGCCCAGAUGUCACCUGACGAUGAUAUCAUUCAGAUGCUUUGUAAGGAAAGUAUUAAAUGCAAUAUUAUUCAAGUAGGACCGCUUGAGGGAGGUAAUCCUGGAUGUAAUUUCGGGUUUCUUCCUGAUAAUGAAAUAUUACAAUUUGUUGCCACAGCAACAUCAGGCAAAUUUCUUUAUUCCGAGGAUUGUCCAAAUGUGCGGAAUGUUAAAUCUUCCAAAUUUCAUUUAUCACGUGAAGACUUGGUCCCACCAAAUUUUUAUCAUAUAAACUUGUUGAUGAAGGAAACUUAUUUUACCAAAAGAAAGGGUCAUACCUCCUAUUCAAACAACACCGUUAACUCUGGGGAACGGACUUAUAAUUUUCCAUGGGAUCCGGAUCCAAGAAGUCUACCACCAGCAGUUGAAGCAAUGUCAACGCGAUAUCGAGAGUACUCUCUUUCAAUUGAUGUGAUGCAACUGAUAUUUGCUCGGAUACGUAAUGGGUUUAAUAUUGAGAGUGUAAUCUUAGUAGGUAGAAACACCAACAAGGCAGAAAAGGUUCAUAUCACAAUGUCACGUCUUUGGUUACCAAACGUUAUAAUUCAAUAUAAAAUUAAAGCAUCCUGGAUGGGGGAAGUGAACGGAUUUUCAAGAUUAAAAUCACCAAGGAUUGAGAUUAACGUUGUAGCUGAUACUGUAUUAGCAAUAUAUUUACUUAACUUUCAAACAGCUCAGCAAAAUAAUGAUCCAAGCCAUCCACUCUUUUUAAAAUGUAUUAGAUUACAUAAAUUUAUGACAAUGAUCUACGAAACGGAUGAGUUACUAAAGAAACAUAUUUUCCAUAAGCAAUUAUGGGAUCCACUUGAACAAAGUUUAAUGCGACAAAAUAUUAAUAUUUGGUAUGAUAAGGCCAAAUUCGAUAUUUUGAUAUCUGGAGAGCAAUCAAUUACUAAUAAAUCUGUGAAAAUGCCAUCGGAUAAUAGUGCUUACUCGGCUUUAAAAGAACGACUGAAAGUUGCAUGGUCAUCAUUUUCAUUUUCUGAAAAUGGGUUCGUUAAGGCUUUUCACCCCCUAGAAGGUGAUAAGAUUCUUCCAAUAAGUUUUUGCGAACUCCGAUUUAACAAAGAACUAGGUAGUCUCGUAACCGGUAAUUUAUCAUUUUUUAACGUUGAGGUAUUUCAACGUCAAAAAGCGUUGGAAGAUUUAAUUAACCUUAUUAAUGAGUUAAAUUCAAACGAAGAUGGAGAUGGACAAUUAUUUUACGUUUGUAAGAGACCCUUAUCUUCAUUUCUUAUUAAGUACCCAGAAAAUGGACGUCAUGAAAGUGAAAUUUUAUUAGAUAAUCGUCAGGUGACAGGUCGAGACUGCAUUGUAAAAUCUUACCUAAGACAUUGGCGGUGGACUUGGUUGUCCGACAUUGAACAUAUCUUCUCAUUGGAUAGUAAGAACAUGCCAAUCCAAGACUUGGCUUUUCAACAUCUGUGUCAGGCACGUCUGGAUGAAGGAUGUUUAUUGAUAUCCGAAAAUAGUAAUCAACAAGUAUUUUAUCGGGAACUGGAACUUGGAGGAAAUUCCGACCUAGGUUCAUCUGCUAAUCUAAAUAAAUUAUACGGCAUACAACAUCAUAUAUAUAAGGAUCCAUAUACCGGUGAAAUUUUAACCGAACUAUGGAUGGAACCUUUGCAGCAACCGUUCCUACGGGAACUUUACGAAUCUGUUGCUGACAGAAUAUCAACAGCGGAUCGUCAAAAGUUAUCUCAAUUGGUGACUUUCGAUCAAAUACAUUAUAUUGCAAAAUCACGCGUUUCACAUCUUCGGAAUUCAUACAAUUUGACCCCUCAAAAAUCGUCCCACCUCCCAAGUUUAUUCAACCUUCCAGUCCUACUAAGAUCCAGCGGAUUACUAAUUGCAAAUUAUGACAUUCCUACUUUCAAAUCUUCGUCAAACAUCAUUAAUAAUCAGGUUCAUCAACACUUACAUUUACAAUCUGUUAAAUCAUCCUAUAUGAGCAAUGAAAAUACUCCGAGAUCGAGCUUUGGAGAUUCAAGGUCUCCAUUGAUUUCCGAAUCAAGCCCUUAUCUAAGAAAGGGUAGCAUAAGUAAUAGAAAUUCUCCAUACAUGGAGGUUGCAUCACAAAAGAAAUUGUCACUUUCGUUGCCCAAUAAUUCAACCCAUGAUGUAACUUAUAUUAUUAGUCGCGAUUCUAUUGCUCCUUUAGGUCCUUUGGAUCGAGAUUUCGCGUUAUUACAUCUUUUUGUUGAAAAAACCUUUAGUAACUAUGCUGAUGGUGAAGUUGAUACUAAUAACAACGGUCUUAAAGAUUCGUUAUUAAAGGAAAUUUAUAAUGGGCUUUCCAAAAUUGAUUUUCUUCAGGAGGCUACGUCUACAAUAGAAUAUAUUAGGAACCUACGAGAUACCAGAUGUUUCAUCAAAAUCGUUGAUUCUGGUUCCUUACUACUUGUAAUUAUUCCUUCUUUUAAACUUUUAUUAGACACCAUGAAACUAAAUAAUGGGUUGAUUAGUAGUAAUAAACCGUGUUUCAUGAAUAUCUUAAUUUUCUUGUGUAAACGACCUCAACCUAUUCAAAGAGAUUUUAUAAAAGAGCCGGUGGAUUUUCGUCGAGAUCAAACUCUAUCCUUUGAAACCAUCUCUUUAUUACAUAAGACCCCGGAUACAAUUAAAAAUCCUUUAGAGCCAAAGCUACUGAGUAGUUCAUUUCCCGAAAAUCCUGUAAAUUCUUUUAAAUCGAAUCUUUCAGAUCAAGUUGCUCAAGUCACUUUAAACAUUACAAAAUUAUAUGUACACGGAUUUGUUAAAUCUGUAUACGCAAGUAUUUUACAAAAGCAUAGAGUUACAGAAACCGAUUUUCUUAAAGCGAUUGAUGCUUGCAUGGAGACUUCCGUUGAUAUAGAUAUCACAGGAUAUGUCAAUGUACACGUAAAGGCUGCUCGGCAAGGACUAGAUAGCGAUGAUGCCAAUGACGUGUAUCAAAAAUUCGUUGCUGUGCUUGGUCAUUACUUUGAACCGGCUAAUUUCAUUAAUGAUGAAUUGCAAAACAUAUAUUAUUAUCGUCCAAAUUUCAAAAAACCAAAUAAUUUAUCAAAAGAUAUUCACGAUAAUGUGGCCGAUAUCGCUGGAACUUUUCUAGACGUUUUUAAUUAUGCAGAAAAUCCUUUAUUUUUACGACUUGAAUGUACUUUCAAAAAAGCAUCAACUCUUAAGGUUGAGGAUAUUGAAUCAGAAGGAUCCAGUUCUGUGAAAUUUCCCAUUUCAAGUUUACCAACAAGUUAUUUGUGUACAGUGGAUGGUAAAUUUCAUGACUUUUCUCCAAAAUCAAUCGGAACGGAAACAUCUCCUGUUAAAUCUUCUGAUGGUACUACCGCUAUUUUGCAUCUGAUAUGUCUGACUUUAGCCCGAUUCGAUGAGAUGACUCCAGGGUUCCAUGUGGGUGAUAAUGAGACAAGUGCACUUGAAAAUCUACCGCAAUUGGAUUCACUUACUGCCGAUAAAAAAGAAGCUUUGUCAGAAACUCGAGAUCGAAUCGAUUGGUUAUUGAAAGAAGAAAUGAUGCAUGGACUGUUGAGAUCACAACCUGUAGAAAAAUCGGUUCUUUCAUUCAUUCAAAAACAAUUGAUGCCCAAGAAUCCAUUCGUCGACUUUCCGACUACAUUUAGUGUUCCGUUAUCCUUUGUUCGUCGUAAACAAGGACAGGACCGAUUCUUAAAAGAAUUUAGCAAAGCUGAUAUGUCCCCAUUUUCACUAAAUCAGGUUGAAGAUUGCUUUUAUAUAAGUGAAGAUGAAGAGAAGGGUGAAUCCUUGGCUGUUGUAGACAAUAGCUGCGUUACAUCACCCAUAUUUGAGCUAAAUAAUAUUUUUGAGAGCUCAUCUAUAGAAGCAUUUAACAAUCAGGAGGAAGCGUAUGAUGAUUAUACUGACGAUGGUGGUGAAGGUGACCUUUGUCAAGGUCUCGGAAUUAGCAUUUAUUCCCCGGAGGAAAAUGAUUUCGUACCGGAUCCUGCUGAUCAAACCGUUAAAUCAUCUGUCAAGAAAAAUGUUAUACACAAGCAAUUAUUUUGGUUAUUACUCAUUCCACAGGAAAAUUCUAUACAAAUGUAUUUUUAUUCAAAAGCGGUUUCAGCAAUUGAACGUUCCAAUAUCAUCAAACAUGUGCGAAAUUGUAUAAUACAAAUUUCAGAAAGGAUUAAUAGAUUAAUAUUAUUGGAUGAAUUAAAUGAGACACGUCGUUGCAGCAAAUAUUUGGUUCCACCUGAUGGCUCUUCUGAUUCCGAGUCAUCUUCAGAAGAUAGUGAUUUAUCUUCUGGAGACUUGGUGGAUGUACUAUCAAUGGCACCAAAUGAUGGAAACAUAACGGUUUCAAAAAAGUUCAAACCAGGACAGUUUGAGUGUCAAUCGGUCUAUAAACAAACAUUUCCGCUUCAUUGGCGGUUAAGACCGAACCAAGCGCUUAAUGGUAUCGCAUCCUCGAUCCUCGAUCCAUUCGUAGUUUCUAACAGGAAACAUAUGUUUGUAAUAGCCAAGAAUCAUAAUAUCGUUUAUCUCAAAUUAUCAGAAGUAGAAGCGUCUCCGAUAUAUAUUGAUGAUGAAAGUUUAGAUGAUUCUUCACGUCAGAACUCCUCAUUUACAUUGUCUUCGGAAUUACAAUCGAAUGCCGAUGAAUUACGAAAAUCCCCAUCAAGCAAAAGUGGUGGGAGUCCUAAUACUUCCCCAAAUUCUCGUAAACAUGGAACUCAAACUCGAGUGGCAGAUUCACGAGAAUUAGUUGUAGAGGUUUUUGGGUUAGAUGUUCCAGGCAAAGAAAUUACCGAAGAGCUAAUGGCAUUGUUGGAGAACAAAUUGAAUUCAAGUAUAACUCUUACUGUGAUGUCUACUUUCCUUGCUCGUAACCCGUACAAGGUUAAUCCGACUCGUGCACAAAAUAUUUCCUUAUACCUUAACAUUUUGCAAGGACUAGAAGUCUCGAACGCGAUAAGGCGUCAUCAUAUUUCAAAAUAUGGAUCAGUUGAAUUCCCGGAAUCGAUCUCUGAAAGUGGGAGGAAAACGCCAUCCGCAACACACGAUAUCCAUUUUCAUGAAUUUACGUUCUUCUAUAAUUACAUUAGCCAAUCCCGCACUCCCUCUGCUUUUGAAGCAUCAGUCGGUCAAGGGAUUGCCGGACUGUGUUUCACUUUAUUGAAUCGGCAAGGUCGACCCACUUUUGAACUUUUAGUCCCUGAAAUUGUUGAUUCAGAUGAUAUAAAUUCGAAUAAGAUUUUACAAUAUAUAUCUAAUGAUGAAUGGUUUGUAGUUUCUGAUUCAAAUAAGGAUUCGAAUGAUAAUAAUAUAGACGCCUCAUAUCAAAUAUUAAUUGAGUUAUGGAACCAUGGUACCCUUAAUUAUAGCAUAAUACUUGAUAGAAUCAUAAAAAGUUUUCGACAAUGCCUUUGUGACUAUUUCAUCGAAGUAUCCAUAACUAAAGGGUUGGGACGGGUUUCUUUAGAUUGUGUUGAAAGCAAUAAUAUUCAAGUGGCUCAAAACUUUGAUCAAGAUGACACCAUUAGUUCAGAAAGUAUGAUCGAAUGUGUCGAACCACACGUUCAACAUAAUUUUAUUGAACCAGUUUUGGCACUUUUGAAGAAAGCAAUUGAAUUAGAAAAUCCGGCAUUGCAUGCAUUGCACGCGAGGCUUGACAUGCCUUCUUGGAUGAUGGAUGAUUUCUUAAGUGAAGUCCAUGAGCUUCUGGUAGAAUUAAACGUCAUCUUUACUCCGAUAAUACUUCGAACUAUUCCUGCAUCAUUUUCCCCAAUGUAUGAAAUAUAUCGACCAAAACAUUCUAUUUUUACUCCGGAUGAUUCGAUAUCUAUUCCACAUCAAUACUUAUUGAUCGCCGGACUGAAGGAGAUGAAUACAAAAUACGGUUCAUGUAAAUCUAUAUUACCUGACGAUCGUAGAGGUAGUUUUGGGAGUGAUGUGUCACAUUCUCGGAGGAGUUCGACCGAAGAUAUCUCAAACGAAAAAGCUAACUCAAAUUCACGUAAAAGUUCUUUGAUGUCGGUGGCCGCACAGCAGCGUCAUUUGCUCGAAGAUAUAAUGAUGUAUACGAUCUCGAAUGGUGAUCAGACCAAUCGCAAUACGCCAGAUUUAUUUCGUUCGUGCUUUUUGGUAAUGUCUAUUGAUGGUUUUGAUUUAUCUGUAUAUAUUUAUAAUUGGGUAAAGCAACAUGCCGAUCAA